CCCUUUUAGGGUCUCGGGUCGAGCUUGCUUUGAAGAACAGACUGGACAAUUUUCACGUCUGAAGGACUGAAGUGGAGAUUUGGUGACUUUGGAGUGGACAAAUAGGAGUAGGACCACCGUCAGACCAACGUUUUAUCGACCGCAAAACAACAGAGCAAAUAGCCAAGGGCGUUUGGACCAGCAGAAAGUAUGCGAACUUCUCUGUUCGCAUUUGGAACUGUCGGCUACUUCAUGUGUGUUUUGCGUUUAAUGUUCGUUACGCGGAUAAACUGCGGAGGAAAACUUAAACUUGAUUGAUUUGUAUUUAUUUUGAAAAGUCACCAUGUUGGGGGAUGAGGGGAUCUAUGCGGCGAAGAAGAGGAAGAAACCCGUCCAGAAAAGUCUGAACCCUGCUCCAGGGGACGGUGUGGUGAUGACCAACCCAUCUAAACGUCACCGGGACCGUCUGAACGGGGAGCUGGACCGGCUGACUGGCCUUCUGCCCUUCUCCCAAGAGGUCAGGGGUCGGCUGGACAAACUGUCCGUCCUCCGGCUCAGUGUGGGAUACCUCAAGGUCAAGAGCUUCUUCCAUGCGACCCUCCAGAAGAAGAGUGAGUGUCCGGCCGCCCUCGUCAGUGGGAACGGGAGGAACGGAUGGACAUCCACUUCUAUAGACGGAGUCAGCCUCUCAGAGGGAAACCUACUGCUGCAGGCCCUGAAUGGUUUUGUCCUGGUGGUGACCACUGAUGGCUCCAUCUUCUACGCCUCUCCAACCAUCCAGGACUACCUGGGCUUCCACCAGUCUGAUGUGGUGCACCAGAGUGUGUACGACCUGAUCCACAUAGAUGACAGAGCCAUGUUCCGGUGUCAGCUUCACGUCGCUCUCAACCCCAACCAGAACGACUCAGAGGCCGCACCAGACGCCAGGCAAUCUAGCAGCAGGCCUCAUGGUGAGUCUAUGAGCUACCUGCCCCAGCACAUCCCUCCAGACAACAGCUUCUUCCUAGAGAGAAGCUUCUGCUGUCGCUUCCGCUGUCUGCUAGACAACACCUCCGGCUUCCUGGCGUUGAAGUUCCAGGGGCGUCUGAAGUAUGUGUGUGGUCAGGGGAGGCUGGCGGAUGACGGGGCCACGACCCCCGCUCAGCUGGCCCUCCUUGCCAUCGCUGUGCCCCUGCAGCCCCCGGCUGUCAUGGAGAUCAGGACCAAGACUCUCCUCUUCCAGACCAAACACAGACUGGACUUCGCCCCCAUGGGUAUAGACACCAGAGGUAAAGUGGUGCUGGGUUACUCUGAGACAGAGUUGGUCACUAGAGGCUCAGGUUACCAGUUCAUCCAUGCUGCUGACAUGAUGUACUGCGCAGACAACCACCUCAAAAUGAUAAAAACAGGAGAGACUGGUUUCACCAUUUUUAGGCUGCUGACUAAGGCAGGUGUGUGGGUGUGGGUUCAGGCCAACGCCAGGGUCGUCUUCAAGGCAGGGAGACCCGACUUCAUCGUCGUUCGACAGAAAGCCCUGACGAACCAGGAGGGCGAGGAGCACCUGCGUCAGCGGAGAAUAGAGCUUCCCUUCAACUUUGCCACUGGGGAGGCUCUGCUGUAUGAGUCCUGUUCCUCUCUGGAUACUGCCGUUAUGCCUCCAGGACCACCCAUCCCCCCAGGCCUCACUCCCCCAGGCUCCAGCCCUGAGGACAAGCACCUGGACCCUGCCUCUCUCCUGGGGUCCCUACUCUGUCAAGACCGCUCUGUUUACACUCAGUCCCAGGACCCUAGCCUGGACCUCCAGGACCUUUCCCCGGACUUAGACCUAGCCUUCCCUCAGGACCAGGACCCAGGCCUGGAGAGAGCCUUCCUGGACAGCCACGCUCUGCUGAGUGUCCCCGGUGAGGUCCAGGGUCCCCAUAGGGCCAGAUUGGUAGACCCCACAGCCCAAACCAUGAUGGACUCUCUGGGGGAGAUCCUGGGGAAGAUGGGGACGGAGGGCCUGGAGGGGCUGAGGUUGAAGGAGACAGAGCUGAGGGAGUGGGAGAGCACCCUCUUCAGGAUCAACAUGGAACAGCAGGAUGUGACGGGGAAGCUGGAUGAUAUCUUAGCCAAUGAUGUGUUCUCGUACGUGGAGGAGGCUCUGAUGAGGGAGAAUGAUGGUGGAUGUGUGAUAGGCAGCUUGAGACAGGCCACUGAGCCAAUAAACAGACUCCCUGCUCACAACACUGCCAAUCCGAACACACUGGGCGUGUUCCCUCCCUCCCAGAGUUCCUUAUUGCCAGGCAACAAGGGCUUCAAUGGCGGGAACGGCUCACACAGUGAGAACCGAUGGCAGAUGGGUGGUCCACACAUGACCUCUAAACUCAACAGCUAUGAAGAGCAGAGGCUGCUGGGUAAUGGAGUUGUUAGUGGCGUGGCGCACGGGGUGGGGUGUAGUCCUGGGAUUGUUAGAGAGCCACACAGCGUUGUAAACACAAACAUACUACCCAAGGCUGCUCACACGUUUGCAGGGCAACGGACUCAAGGAAGUGGCAACCGAACGGUCCCACAACCAUCCCAUAUUAACAACCAACCGGAGUCCUGGAUACCCUCCAUCCAAAAUAUUAUCCUUAAUAACCACAGCCCUGUUCCUCUCCCAAACUUCUACAAUAUUCUCCCUGAGGCCUUUGACCAAACCAUGCAGCCCAGCCUGGAGUUAUACCACUCUGGGACUGGAGAUGCAAAAAGGCAGUUCUCAGGGCAGCCCUGUCCGGGUCCUUCAUACCAGGACCCAAGGCAGCCUUGGCAACAGCCACGGCAAAGUACACAAUGGCAACCUUGGCAGAUACCACAGUGUUUUCCAGCAAAGCCAGUAAAUGGACUCUGUCACACACACCCCAAACACACCACACACAUACCGUCCAAUAACGCAUCCAGAACUCAAACACUCUCCGGCAACUGUAUGUUUGAAAAAAGGCCUUCAAAUAUCAGUGGCCUUACACCUGCCCAAAACAGGUCACACAGUCCCAUACCUGCCCCAACUCAGUCCAAUGGACCCAGACCCACUCCCAUUCUUUCCAAUGACUGUAGAAUCAGCUUCUCUACCCAGGCCCCCAAAUUCUUUGUGCCUUACCCUGAAGCAUCUCUAAUCCCAAGACCUUCUUACCCCCAAACCUCCAUUCCUAACCCAACCUACCCCACAGCCGCCAUCCCUAACCCCAUCCCUGCCCAAUCCAAAGGGGCUCAGCCAGGGGAGGGCAUGGCAGCUCUCCCUGCCUGGUCUGGGGCUCCAUACCUGGGCAUGAAGCAUCUCCCAGGCCCCUUUCCCAGCCCCCAGCUGGUUCCCCGGAGCUCCAGGGGGGAUGGCAGCUGUAAUAAUCCCAGUGAAGGGAGCUUGACGCUGGGUGAGAGGGGGUUGGAAGGCAGCCUUUUUUCUGGAUGUCCGAUGCCAGGAUUUCCUCCUGAGAACGGAUCUGUACAGUCAUCUUUAUUCUACACAGGUCCCUAGCAGUUCCAAACGGUGAUGUGGAUCCUUUUCUCUUCACUGGCCUGGCUAACAGAACCACCAACAUCUCCUAGACUCUAGAACUUAGAGGAAUACAACAAACCAUCUCCACCGUGGCACCAUCAACAUCUCCUGGAGGAAUACAACAAACCAUCUCCACCGUGGCACCACCAACAUCCCCUGGAGGAAUACCACAAACCAUCUCCAACCGUUGCACCACCAACAUCUCCUGGCGGAAUACAACAAACCAUCUCCACCGUGGCACCACCAACAUCUCCUGGAGGAAUAGAACAAACCAUCUCCACCGUGGCACCACCAACAUCUCCUGGAGGAAUACAACAAACCAUCUCCACCGUGGCACCACCAACAUCUCCUGGAGGAAUAGAACAAACCAUCUCCACGUGGCACCAUCAACAUCUCCUGGAGGAAUACAACAAACCAUCUCCACCGUGGCACCACCAACAUCCCCUGGAGGAAUACCACAAACCAUCUCCACCGUGGCACCACCAACAUCUCCUGGAGGAAUACAACAAACCAUCUCCACCGUGGCACCACCAACAUCUCCUGGAAGAAUACCACAAACCAUCUCCACCGUGGCACCAUCAACAUCUCCUGGAGGAAUACAACAAACCAUCUCCACUGUGGCACCAUCAACAUCUCCUGGAGGAAUACAACAAACCAUCUCCCCCGUGGCACCAUCAACAUCUCCUGGAGGAAUACAACAAACCAUCUCCACUGUGGCACCAUCAACAUCUCCUGGAGGUAUACAUUUCAACAACACUAAGCACAUAUCCAAGCCCAGACUUGAACCUGAUCGAACAUCUCUGGAGAGACCUGAAAAUAGCUGUGCAGCGACGCACCCCAUCCAACCUGACAGAGUUUGAGAGGAUCUGCAGAAAAGAAUGGGAGAAACUCCCCAAAUACAGGUGUGCCAAGCUUGUAGCAUCAAACCCAAGAAGACUCGAGGCUGUAAUCACUGCCAAAGGUGCUUCAACAAAGUACUGAGUAAAGGGUCUGAAUACAUAUGUACAGUAAAUUUAAUAUUUCAAUUUUUGCUUUAUCAUUAUGGGGUAUUUGUGUAGAUUGGAGGGGAAUUUUAAAAAAAAAAUCAUUUUAGAAUAAGGCUGUAACGUCACUGUGGAAUUAGUCAAGGGGUCUGAACACUUUCCGAAUGCACUGAAUAUAAUAAUUUAAAUAGAAAAGAACGGAUUGAUGCGUCAAAUGUUGUUUUGUAUAUCAGUUCAUAAACAUGAUCCCAUGGUACUGAGACAUCAAAAAUCAAGAUCCUAAAUGACCUGGCUCCCCCUCCACUCAGUAUUUUUGUUAAACAGAAAACCCAAACAAAUGGCAGCAGAUCCACAAGGUCUGCCAUGAGAGGUGACUGUAUAGUGCCCUUAAGGAAAAGCACCUUUUUAGUAAAUCCGCUUUCUCUGUGAUAGCUUCCCUUGUCAGGAAUACACUGCCAUCAGACACACAUAACUGCACCACAUAUCACACUUUCACAAAAUGCAUGAAGACAUCGUUAAAGGUCAAUCAGAUUUGUGAACAUAAUCCCUAGCUGUGUAUUGCCGCUUUCCAUGUUGUCUGUUGUCUGUAGCUUGUGAGAUGUGGAAACACUUUGUUGCUUUUAUGAAUUUUGUCUUGCUGCUUUUUGUUCUAUGUUGCUCUGUCUGUAUGCUAUGUCUUGCUUGUCCUAUGUUGCUCUGCGUGUGCUUACUGCUCAAUGAUUGUCUAUAUUGUAAUAGUUUUUAGCCGGCUGGCUAAAUCCGGCACUUUUACAGAAACGUUGAUUAAUAUGAACUGUCCCUGUAAAAAUAAACUCAACUCAAUUCAA